AUGGCUCUCGUGUGCCGCUCCUGCUCGUCGGCGAUCGUCUCCAGCGACAACACCUACACCUGCGGAGGAUCCUGUAGGGCUGUGUAUCACGGUCCAUGUCUGGGUGUUGCGAGUGGUGUAGUGAAAGCACUGGGACGUCCUGACACGCAUAUUAUCUGGAUGUGUACCGAAUGCCGAGACUCGUACCGCAGUGGCUGGGCCGGUUAUCGCGAUCUUCUCACUUCGACCAUUGCCGAGUUAAAGCGAGACCUAUCCGCCGAUUUGGAACAGCGUUUGAUUUCUGCGAUCGCGGGCAUCAAGCGCAACCUACCAAAACCCAGCAGGUCGCUAAGCCCGGUUGUGGGCUCCGUAUUACAGAAUGCGCAGCUUCCCGGACCAUCAAGUGAUGCACUACUGAACACGAACACUGAACCACCUGCAUUUCACAUAACACACGCAAAUCCCACCAUAACUCAUGCUUCGCGAAAUCACAACACUAGUAACAUGCCGAAACCCCGUCCAAUGGAUCAAACCCUACCACCGAUGCUCUUCGGAACAUCUUCCAACGAUGAUAACACAACCACAAUACCAACAGUUCCCAUAGAUGAACCACGAUUUUGGCUCUACCUAACAAGGAUCGCCCCGUCGGCUUCAGACGAAGAGGUUGAAUCAUGCAUAAAGCAAAGGCUGAACACUAACGACGUACGAAUGCACAAGCUACUUCGACUGGGUCGAUCACAGAGCACCGCUACCUUCAUUUCAUUUAAGGUAAGCUUGUCGCUCUCGCUUCGUGAAAAAGCACUCGAUCCGUCGACCUGGCCACCCGGUGUGGGUUUCAGAGAAUUCACCGACCACCGUUCACCACACGCAAACAUUCGAGCCCCGCGCAUCCAAAACCAUGAUGAGAUGCAGAGCAAUAUGCAGAACAUCAAUCCAUCUGUCUCCAACAGCACAAACGUAUCGCAUGAUUCCAUCCAAUUUCACCAGGGGACACAGAACAUCAUCUCUACUAUCCCAGAUCCUAUCAGGCCGGCCUCAACACCAAAUAAUGCAAUCGCCUAG